AUGAGCGGUAUUGAUGUUGGUAGCAUUAAGAAUAUAAGUAGCAGUGUUGAGGUUGGCGGCACUAGUGUUGGAGUCUUGGACAGUAGGUAUCACGAGAGUAAGAAUUUCGAUGAUGUUCUCGAUUUUGCUAUAGGCAAUGUUGAUAUCGGUAGCACUAAGGCUAUAAGAAGGCUUAAUGAUAUCGGUGUCAGCAAUAUUAAGGGUUUGAGUGUUGGUAUUAGUAUUAACUGCAUUAAGGUUAUGAGCGGUAUUGAUGUUAGUAGCAUUAAGAAUAUGAGUAGCAGUGUUGAGGCUAUAGGCGAUGUUGAUAUUGGUAGCACUGAGGCUAUAAGAAGGCUGAAUGAUAUCGGUGUCGGCAAUAUUAAGGGUUUGAGUAUUGGUGUUAGUAUUAACUGUAUUAAGGUUAUGAGCGGUAUUGAUGUUGGUAGCAUUAAGGAUAUGAGUAGCAGUGUUGGGGUUGGCUGCACUAAUGUUGGAGUCUUGGACAAUAG